GGUGGUGUUGCGGGGCCACCCUUCCCGCUGGUUUCCCUCGUGGUGUGUAAAGGCAGAGAGGAAAGGCGAGGGGUGUUGACGCCAGGAAGGUUCCAUCUUGGUUAAGGGCAGGAGUCCCUUACGGACUUGUUUGAGGAAAGACAGGAAAGCGCCAGCAUCUCCACCUUCCCCGGAAGCCUCCCUUUGCCAGGCAGAAAGGGUUUCCCAUGGGGCCGCCCCUGGCGCCGCGCCCGGCCCACGUACCCGGGGAGGCCGGGCCCCGGAGGACGAGGGAAAGCAGGCCCGGCGCCGUGAGCUUCGCGGACGUGGCCGUGUACUUCUCUCCCGAGGAGUGGGAAUGCCUGCGGCCAGCGCAGAGGGCCCUGUACCGGGACGUGAUGCGGGAGACCUUCGGCCACCUGGGCGCGCUGGGAUUUUCAGGUCCCAAACCCGCUUUUAUCUCGUGGGUGGAAGGAGAAGUGGAGGCGUGGAGCCCCGAGGCCCAGGAUCCCGACGGUGAGAGCUCUGCAGCUUUCAGCAGGGGCCAAGGACAGGAAGCAGGAUCCAGGGAUGGGAAGGAGGAGAAGGAAAGGCUGAAGAAGUGUCCAAAACAAAAAGAGGUGGCGCAUGAAGUGGCUGUCAAGGAGUGGUGGCCCAGCGUCACCUGCCCAGAGUUCUGCAACCCUAGGCAGAGCCCCAUGAAUCCCUGGCUCAAGGACACUCUGACCCGAAGACUGCCCCACUCUUGCCCAGACUGUGGCCGCAACUUCAGCUACCCUUCCCUCCUGGCCAGCCACCAGCGGGUCCACUCCGGGGAGCGGCCCUUCUCCUGCGGCCAGUGUCAGGCGCGUUUCUCCCAGCGCAGGUACCUGCUCCAGCAUCAGUUCAUCCACACCGGCGAGAAGCCCUACCCCUGCCCCGACUGCGGGCGCCGCUUCCGCCAGAGGGGUUCCCUGGCUAUCCACAGGCGGGCUCACACCGGGGAGAAGCCUUACGCGUGCUCAGACUGCAAGAGUCGCUUCACUUACCCCUACCUGCUGGCCAUCCACCAGCGCAAGCACACGGGCGAGAAGCCCUACAGCUGCCCCGAUUGCAGCCUCCGUUUCGCCUACACCUCCCUGCUGGCCAUCCACAGGCGCAUACACACCGGCGAGAAGCCCUACCCCUGUCCUGACUGCGGCCGCCGCUUCACCUAUUCUUCCCUCCUCCUCAGUCACCGGCGCAUUCACUCCGACAGCCGGCCCUUCCCCUGCGUGGAGUGUGGGAAAGGCUUCAAGCGCAAGACCGCCCUGGAAGCCCAUCGGUGGAUCCACCGCUCCUGCAGCGAGAGGCGCGCGUGGCAGCAGGCCGUGGUGGGGCGUUCAGAGCCCAUCCCUGUUUUGGGAGGCAAGGAUCCCCCAGUUCACUUCCGGCACUUUCCAGAUAUAUUUCAAGAGUGUGGGUGAUGGCGUUCACACAAACUGGUCAGCGUUUCCCUGGAGAGGAAGAGGCAAGAUCUGCUAGCCCUACUUUUGAAGAGGAAACUUUUGAAGGAAUGAACAAAAGAGGUAGGUGGGACUAAGCAUUUCUGCAUUCCAGGACUGGUGGUCAGUGACUCCAAUAUCUCUUUGAAAAGACUGCUUCUUUGAAUCCUUGGGUUCCAAGAUAAUUAUUAAUGGGAACUGGUGCCGGGCACGGUGGCUCACACCUGUGAUCCCAGCACUUUGGGAGGCUGAGGCUGGUUAAUCACUUGAGGUCAGGAGUUUGAGACCAGCUGGGCAAUAUAGUGAAACCCUAUCUCUACCAAAAAAUUAGCCAGGCGUGGUGGCACAUGCCUGUAGUCCCAGCUACUCAGGAGGCUGAGGCAAGAGGAUCACUUGAGCCUGGGAGACAGAGGUUGCAGUAAGCUGAGAUGACUCCAUUGCACUCCAGCCUGGGCUACAAAGCAGGACUCUGUCUCAAAACAAAAACAGAUACAAAAACUGGGAACGGGGUGUUAUCUUUACUUCACCACAUAGCCUCUCCUGAAUUGGUGGACCUGGAUUCCUAGCUUGGCUCAGUCCCCACUGGCUGUGUGGCCUUUAGCAUCACCUAGAUUCUACAAAUAACAUUUUUCUCUAUUUGUUUUACACAUGUCAAUCUGCCUAUCCAUCCCUCUAUCCAUUCAUUUAUCCAUUUUAUUAAUGUAUUUCAAAGUAAGUUGCAGACAUCAUUACAUUUCACUUCUAAACACUUCAGCAUACAGCUGAGUUUUAUGCAAGAAACUUAAGCUCUCAGCUGGGUACAGUGGCUCACACCUGUAAUCCCAGCACUUUGGGAGGCUGAGGCAGGAGGAUUGCAUGAGCUUGGGAGUUUGAGACGAGCCUGGAAAACAGCAAGACCUCAUUUCUACUAAAAAUUUUAAAAAUUAGCCGAGCAUGGUGGGGGAGGGUGAAGGAGGAGGAUAGCUUGAGCCCAGGAGUUUGAGGCUAUAGUGAGCUAUGAUGGCGCCACUUCAGUCUGAGUAACAGCAAGACACUAUUAAAAAAAAAAAAAAAAGAGCCAGGCGCAGUGGCUCACACCUGUAAUCCCAGCACUUUGGUAGGCCAAGGUGGGCAGAUCACCUGAGGUCAGGAGUUCGAGACCAGCCUGACGAACAUGGAGAAACCCUGUCUCUACUAAAAAAAAGGAAAUACAAAAUUAGCCAGGCAUGGUGGCACAUGCCUGUAAUCACAGCUACUCGGGAGGCUGAGGCAGGAGAAUCGUUUGACCCCAGGAGGCGGAGGUUGCAGUGAGCCAAGAUCGUGCCAUUGCACUCCAGCCUGGGCAACAAGAGUGGAACUCUGUUUCAAAAAAGAAAGAAAGAAAUUCAGCUCCCACUUAAAGUUCAGUUGUACUCUGUUAUUGACAAGUAAAGUCGAUUGAAGCCCAGUCAUCUCCUGUAUGUUGUGUGACUUCUCAUAAUUAUCUGAUCAAGAGUCUUGAAGAAACAUUUACAAUUUGAUGGGCAAUAAAAUAAUUUGAAAGCAA